AUGUACACGUUCGUGGCGCGAGACGAGAACAGCAGCGUUUACGCGGAAGUGUCCAAAAUCCUCCUUUCCACCGGGCAAUGGAAGAGGCUGAAAAGAGACAACCCCCGCUUUCACCUCAUGCUGGGGGAAAGGAACCGGCUGCCUUUUGGGAGGCUGGGUCAUGAACCUGGACUUAUACAGCUGGUGAACUACUACAGAGGAGCUGAUAAACUUUGUCGUAAAGCUUCUUUAGUGAAAUUAAUCAAGACAAGUCCUGAAUUGGCAGAAUCCUGCACGUGGUUCCCAGAAUCUUACAUGAUUUAUCCAACUAAUCUAAAGACUCCAGUAGCUCCAGCACAGAAUGGGAUCCAUCAUCUGAUAAAUAACCCAAGAACAGAUGAAAGGGAAGUCUUCCUGGCAUCAUAUCAGAAGAGGAAAGAGAGCGGAGAGGGAAAUGUUUGGAUAGCCAAAUCUUCGGCAGGUGCCAAAGGUGAAGGGAUUCUUAUUUCUUCAGAGGCUACUGAACUUCUGGACUUUAUAGAUAAUCAAGGACAAGUGCAUGUGAUUCAGAAAUACCUUGAGAAGCCUUUGCUCUUAGAACCAGGACAUCGCAAAUUUGAUAUUAGAAGCUGGGUGCUAGUGGAUCACCAGUAUAAUAUCUACCUCUACAGAGAAGGCGUUCUACGGACUUCUUCAGAACCUUAUAAUAGUGCUAAUUUCCUAGACAAAACCUGCCAUCUGACCAAUCACUGCAUACAGAAAGAACACUCUAAAAACUAUGGGCGAUACGAAGAAGGGAAUGAGAUGUUUUUUGAGGAGUUUAAUCAGUAUCUGAUGAGCGCUUUGAAUGUUACUCUGGAAAAUACGAUCUUAUUACAAGUCAAAAAUAUAAUAAGAAGCUGCCUUAUGUGUAUAGAACCUGCUAUCAGCACCAAACACCUCCACUACCAGAGCUUCCAGCUCUUUGGCUUUGACUUCAUGGUGGAUGAGGACUUGAAGGUCUGGCUAAUUGAAGUCAAUGGUGCCCCUGCUUGUGCCCAGAAACUUUAUGCAGAGCUUUGCCAAGGCAUAGUGGAUGUGGCCGUUUCUAGCGUCUUUCCCCUUAGUGACACCGUGCAAAACCAGAAUCAGCAAUCAAUAUUUAUGAAGUUAUGAUGAUAAGAGAAGCAUCAACCCAACACACAUGGGAG